GCACCUUUCAGGACACACUGUUGUGGCGGGGUCCUUUCAACCCAGCGUCCCUCCGCAUGUGUGAUCCAGCCCCGUCGCAGAGUUGCUGUGCACCCUUGGUGUGUGUCAGAAACUGAGUUUGAACCGGGCUGGUUUGAAACCAGAACCGCAGGCUUGUGAACGACCGGGUCGGCACAUCGAAACCCCGCUUAGACAGGGAGAGAAAUCAAGCGUGUUCGGCGAGAUGUGGGGUCGUUGCGUCUUUCAAGGGGUAAUACGAGAACUAAACCAGGCGUCUGCCGGGCAUGUGAAGAGCUUUUCAAUCACAGCAUGCAGGGGCACGGUGAAGGUGCAGCGCUGGUGGCAGGUUCCUCUCUCGCAGGAAGGCAGAGACCCGAAGCUGCACCCGCGGAGACACCGAGUGUACCGGCUGGUGGAGGACAGCAAGCACAGCCCCAGAGAGAAGCUGGAACUCAUUCUCACACAGACCGUGGCCAAGCUGGGCGGUCGAGGGGACACGGUCUCUGUGAAGAAAUCUCUCGGGAGGAACAAGCUGCUCCCGGAGGGGCUGGCCGUCUACGCCUCCCCUGAAAACAAGCAGCGUUUCGAGGAGGAGAGGAGGAUGCUGAGAGAGGGGAAGCCAGAGGAGAGGGUGCAGACCAGGACUGGAGAAUUGACGGUGGCGUUCUUGAAACAGUGCCACCUGGAGGUGGGGAUGAAGAAUAACGUCAAGUAUGAAUUGACCAAGGACAUCGUUUGCCGGACUCUGCUCAGAAAGCUGGCUGUCUGUGUUCCGCUUCAUGCCCUGACCCUGCCAGAGGAGCCAAUCACGAGGUGGGGGGAGUACUGGUGCGAGGUCACGGUGAACGGAAUCGACACGGUCCGCAUCCCCAUGUCCGUGGUGAACUUCGAGAAGCCCAAAACCCGGAGGUACAAGCGCUGGCUGGAGCAGAACCCAACCGGAACCGGAACCUGGGACACAGAGUCCGCCGAUCCCGAGAAAGAAGACUCGUGAACAGGCUGGCGCUCUGACGUCGGCGCGCCGUAUUUAUUCGUAACUCUUUGUAACGUUCAAAUCCCCUCCCGUUUUAUUAAAUCUGCCCCCCCACCCUUA